AUGGAGGCAAUCCUCGAUCUUCAGAUUGUCCCUCCUGGAAAUGGCAAGCAACACUGCCUAGCCAGAACCAAAAAGUCUGGUGGCAAAGACCAGUGUAGCCGUGUGGUUGCCGAAAGAAAACAAGAAAAAGCCUGGUACCUUCUGCGCGAAUGCAUGUCGUGUACGGAUCUAGAUGAUCAGGCGGUCGGGUGUCAUACGGAGGAGCUCUGUGAGCUGCUCAUUCAUAGCGUUCAUCAAGAGGAGCGCGAAUCGAAAAUGAAGGAAUGGAGUUGGAGGAUUCUCGAGUUCAGAAAUGAUCCCAACAACCGAAAUGCCUGCAGAAAUCCCCCACACCCCUUGGACCAAGCGCCUCGCGCCUUGCAGAGUGAUCACAUCCCUCUAUACGUCAUUGGUGAUCCUGUCGAGUCAGAGGAGAUUAUGAUAAGCAGCCCAGACAUCGAAAUCCGAGAAGAUGUCUCGGCGGAGCGAUACCGGAGCAUAGAGGCCGAUCAGUCAGGCAAUGUGUCCACGAAUGAGUCAAUUGAAGAGAUAUCAACAUCGAAUACUUCCAGGUCUCAUGCUCCACAUCAGCUUUCAGAGACUUCGACGGUGUACUCGCCUAACCCCUUGUCCUCCUGUCUAUUUGGGCUGUUGAUGCACUUUGGCACCAUUUGUGGACUUCGCGUUCAAAUUGGCAAAUCACACUCAAGCCAGAAGAGUGCGAAUGGCUCAAUGGUCUAUUUGAAAUUGGAAUUAGGGAUUUUGGCGAAAUUCCUGCCCCUGCUAUUGGUGGGAAUUGUCCAAGUAAGUUUGCUCGCACUCAGAGCAUAUGCAUAG